AACAAAGAACAGGACUAUGUCAAGAAUUCUGGGGGCUUAUGUGAUGAAAAAGAAUUAAGACCACCCCCACAGCAACAUUCUCUCUUAGAGAAGAUCGAGACAGGGCUCCUAUCAGAAAACAUUUUUGAGACAGUGUCCUUGAGUUCAGAUUCUCUCUUCCAGAGGGCAGUUUCAGUUCUCCACACUUCUUACUUGGAUUCUGCAUCUGAGCAUGGUUUUCAAUACACUCAAGUGACUUUUGUGAAAAAUGAUAUUUUCUUAAAUGAGUACAAAACUGUUUACCAACAAAAACAAGCGAAUAAUUAUACUCAGGAAGAACUUCAAGAAACUUACGGAUUUCUUCUGCUUGAAACUGAAAAUCAGGCAAAAUUGAUAUGUCAGCGUGGACUCUGUGUUGGCAGCAGUGCUAUUACCACUCUGGGUGAUCCAGCUAAAGGUGUAUACAUUUCCAAAUAUUCAGACUAUCUUCACCCCAGACCAUGGUAUCAUGGGAAGUCGGGUUAUAUUGUAAUUUGUAAUCUAAUUAAGGGAAAGGUCAAGUUUGUGUCUGAGAAUUAUACAACUAAUUACACCAGGCCAUCUUCUGGCUAUGACUGCCACGUGGCUGCAGACGCUAACAAAGUCUCUCACAAGACGAGUCACUUUCGUGCCUUUGAACUGACUCAGUAUUACCUCUAUGAGCUUUCAGACAACACUGUUAUUAAGCGACCCAGACAGAUCUGUCCUUAUGUAAUUGUAGCUUUUCAGUACAGGGAACCUAAAAAGAUGGCAGCACCAACUCAUGGAAGCAUACUUGAACUCAGUAAAAAUGUUCUCUUCUCUCCAUGGAAAGGGAAAUUAACUGUUCAGGGUUGUGUGUUGUGUGAUAUAACUCUUUGGUCCACUUACGGCACAGUAGUUCCAGCACAACUACCACAGGAUCUAGACUUUAAGUAUGUAAUGAAAGUGUCUUCUUUGAAGGAAAGACUACCAGGAGCUGCCUUUAGAAAACAGAAUUACUUGAAACAGAAAGUCUGUUGCCAGGAUUUGUGCUUCGAUUUGUAUGAGGUAGAACUGUCAAACAAACAAGGGAAAAACAUAGAUAAACUAACAGAAUACAUUAAAAAUAAGCAAUUGGCAAUCAUCAAAUGCUUAGAAGACAGGGGAGUUUUCAUUUUACUUACAUCAUCAGCCUUAAUACCAGAACCAGAUUUUGGAGAUGAGCAGAUGGGUCUGCAUGGAUUACACUUAUUCCAUUCACCCCUGUCAACAGGAGUGAAGGAUUUGAAAGGUGAAGAUGACAUCUCUUUGAAGGUGGCACCUAUUUUACCUGCCCUUAAUUGUGCCCUGAUAGAAGCAAAGAAAUCACUUUCUGAAGAAGGAACCCGUCCAAACACAUUGGUAAAGCGUAAUUUCCAAGCGGUUUAUAAGGCGGACAAAAGCCUUUCAUUGACUGCUGCACCUCAGGAAGGAAUGAAAGAGACUGAAUUCAUUGUAAAUUUUCCCAAUGGUUUUGACAUGGUUUCUCCACCUGAAAAGUGCUCCGUAGAGUCCUUAAUUCAGUUGAAGUCUUAUUUUUCAGAUCCUAGUGGUUAUGCUUUGGAAGUAUCUACUGCUUUGGAUUUGUUAGCAGAUCGUCCUCAGUCUCCUUAUAUUUCAGAUGGAAUUUGUGAUGCUGGAUUUUCUUUAGUUAUGACUCCAGAUCGAGAAUUUCUUGAUUCAGAGGCAGAAGGAAAAAAAGAAACUGAAACAGAAAAGAAUUCUGAAAAAAUGUUGAAAGCAAAGAAGGGUUCUGUGGUUCCAUUGAAUCCACCAGCAUCAAAUCUGAGAGUGCAGCCUAAGAGAAAGGCCAGCAUGCCACUUGUGGUACAGAGUAAAAGAGUGAACCUGUGUCGCCCUUUUUCCAAAAGAAGUGUAGCCAAAUCAGACAACGAAUCACUCUCUCCGACAACUCUUAAGUUAGUUAAAGGGCAGUUUCCUCAGAAAAGGAAAAGAGGUGCGGAAGUGCUGACUGCACAAUUCAUACAGAAAACCAAAUUGGAUAGGAAAAACCAAGAAGCUCCUUUUUCCAAAGAUGUUCCAAUGGCAACGAAUGCUAAAAGGGCAAGAAGACAAGAGAAAUCUCCAGUCAAAACUGUUCCAAGGGCUAAGCCACAUGUGAAGAAAUCUCCACAAAAACAGAGGGUAAAUAUAGUAAAAGGCCAUCCGAAUCCCAGAAUCAGAAAGCAGCCACAGCCUGCCAGAAGAGAAACUGCUGUACAGCUUCAAUCAGAAAUUUUAUCAGACGGUCAAAAAGAUGGAAUUAGCAUAAACGCAGCUCAACCAGAAUGUACUGCAGUUGCUCCAAAAGAUGUUCCUGAAAACUCCAUUAUCAACUAUGACUCUCAGGCCCUUAAUAUGUUAGCUGACCUAGCUUUAAGCUCUGCUGCCUCUUCUGUACCAUCAUUUGAGCCUAGAAACCUUCCCUGUUCCUCUGAAUUGCCACAAAAUGAUAUUUUACUCUCUGACGAAAAUUCAUUGCAUAGUACCUCUGACCAUGAGUAUCACAGGGGAGUUAAAAGUCAAAAAGGUGUACUGCUGCCUAAACCAUCCUCAGAUAGGAAGAGUAAUUCAGAGUCAGACUUAACUGUUAGCCAAGAAGAAGAGAGCUUGCUUCCUGAUAGCCAGGCCCCUGCAAAAGCCCAGCCAGCACUCCCUGAAGAAGCUCUCGAACCUUCAGGUGCAAGCCAAAACUCUUUUGUUGCUGUGGAACAUUCAUAUGCCCUGCUUUUUGCAGAACAUUCAAAGAAACAUCUACAUCAAAGAGGGUUACCAGCCCCUGCGUUUGCCAAGUAUGGGACAAAAGGUCCUGAGGCUGGAACUCCAGUAGGAAAAGUCAUGCCAUUUCGGCAUCUGCAGAACACUUCUCCUCUUCAAAAGUUUUCUGAGGAUUCAUUGCUUAAGCGCAAAAGUCGAUUUGUAUCUUCCAACCUAAAGGACUUUUAUUACUCUCGUACCGUGCUUAGCUGUGAUGGCUCCUUAAAGGUCACUUUCAAGUGUGAAACAGAAUAUACAUUUAACUUAGAUAGUAAAUACACCAGCAACCCACUGGAGAAAACUGUUAUAAGAGCAUUACAUGGGCCUUGGAACUCUAAUUUGCCUAAUAAUAUGGAAGAAGUGAUGCUUUUACUUCAUAUGUGGGUAGCUCUGUUCUAUAGCAAUCAGAGCAAAGUCAUACAGUCGACCCGAAAAGUGGUAGAACACAGCAACCCAGCAAAAUAUGUGUCUAUAAAUAGCACCUUAGACUCUCUUGAAUUCAGUGAAUUUGACGAGUCCUCAAGUUUGGAAAGAUGUUCUCUAGAUCCUGUGUUGGAGACUAAAGAAACACCCAGAGGUCAUGCCAAAGUGUCCUUCCCUGGCUCUAACUGCGUGCUUCCUUUCACUAAACUGUCACCUGCCCGAGACUUUGAACUCUGUGUACAGAAUGAACAGAAAGAAAUUUUUGUAAGAGAGUGUUAUCCAGAUACUAAAGAAAGCCAGAAUUUCAUCUAUUCUUGUAAUAAUAAGGUAGUUGGGGGAAAAGCCAAACAAGAUUCAUCAGAUAAACUAGAGACUUCUAAUCUUACUCUUUCUGGUAUUGGAAGUACCCAAACUAAAGGAUCUUCUGUUUCUGGUGAAGAUAAAACCUUUCAGUCACUUGAAAGCUCAGGAGUGGCCUCUUAUAAUAACACAGUCACACAAGCCACAUUCACCACAACUUAUGAUGAGUCCAGGAGUCAGUCAGUGAGGCGUCAGAAGCCUGUGUACAGCACCUUUGAGAACAAAGUUGGUAUUUUUCAUGGAACAGUGCAGACAAAAACAAGCGGUGUAAAGGACCUUACUCAGCAUAGCAGCCCCAUAAACAAUGAAUGUCAGCCCUCCGUGGAAAUGAUAGGUAGUAAGAUGGAAUAUGUGAUGAUUAAUCUGGAACCAGUUACUCUCAGUUUUGAAAAAAAUGCCUGCGAACCAGUACAUUCAGAAAUAAAUACAGUUGAGAAACCUCCAGCAUUUAAUACUGAGUUGGUUAAGCAGGUAUCACCUGCUGUGAGUCUUAGACAUUCUGUAUGUCCAUUGGAAAAGGCACAAAAACAAAGUCUUCAGGACAUUUCACCUUUCGCACUAUCAGGACAGAAAGGCACUAAGUACCUUUCUGCCUCCUCAGUAAGUCAGGAGACAGUUGCUGAAGGACUUUCUACUUUACAGAAGGAGGUGCCUCCUCCAGUCACAUCACCGCCAUCUGACAAAGCACCAGUAAUGGAGGCAUUAUCAUUACUUAAAAGUUCUAGUUACCCAUUAGCCAAUGAAGAAAUGGAACCCCCUCAAGAUGUCAUUGUGCAGACCCAAAGUCUCUUUAGCAUAACUUCAGAAGAGAUUAUAAAGCCUUCACAAAUUGAAAUAGUGCCAACAUCAGCCUCUGCUACCCUAGGAAAAAAGUAUUCCCUUAAUCAACCAACAAGUAAUAAAUCAGAUGACUCCUUUGAACUAAGGAAUGAUGAAAAGAGCAGCCUAAACCAUGAAAAUAGGAGUGUGGAAUCAUUUAAUUCAAUAUUUGCCAAACAGACGAGCCUAUCUGUGAAUAGGGAGGAGAUUAGCAUGGAAUUGUCAGAGGAAGAUUCUGAUAUUGAUCUAACUCUAACAAUAUCACCACCUACAAGUCCCAGGGAAGAAAGGUCCAUUAGUGAAAUAGAGCAACUACAGAAGACCCCAACAUCAAAGUCAGAACUUCAGGAUGUAGCUGAAGAAGCAGUUGAGCCGAAAGAGGAGAUAUACCUCAUAAAAAACAGAGGAGUGAGUUCACCUGGUUAUAUGUCAGUGUGUCCUGUGGUGUCAGAGGAACCAUUAGGAAAUGAGAGAAAGGAUGAUAAUUCACAACCAGGUACUUUAGUACUUUCUAAAGAAAAUUGCUCCCUUGAGAUUGCAGAAGAAAUUAAUGUUACCUCUGACUUUCCUUUUGAUUCUCUAAUUGAAGAAGUAUCACCAGCUUCUAGUCCUAUCCCUCUAGUACCACCUGAAGUAAUACGACCAUCUCAAGCUGUGUCUCCAUGUAGCUUGAAGGUUCAUGGUACACACUGUGAGAAAAAUAACAAAUUCUCCCUGAUUGAGUUAGGAGAUUUAGCUAUAACAGAAAAAGAAAAUUCUUUUGUAGGUCCUAUCCAUCCAGUGGGACAAGGUAACUUAACUCAAGUACAACAAAUUCCACUCCCUGCUGAAGUGCCUCUAACAUUAACCAAUCAUUCUGGAAGAAAAGGUAGACUAAACCUUGCUGGUAAAGUAACUGAGGAGACUGUCCCAAGUGACCAUGAUGAGGGUUUAUCUUUCUCAGAAAAGGCACAGUACUGUGAUACAGAGUUAAACCAGCCUGCCUUAGCUACCAAAUGUGGAGGUAACUUUAAGCUUUCUUUUGAAAAGGUAGUAAAAUCAGGGAAUCCACUGCAGCCAAUUAGUAUAGAGAAUAGAAAUUUGGACAUAAAACAUCUUUUCUUGGAGUCCAGUGAACCUCCAUUUAGUUCUAAAAAUAAGUCUUUGGCUGAUACGGUGGUUUCUACAACUCCUCUAGGUGAAAUAGCAAAUAUGUCAUUAAAACAUCAAACUAGCCUUAAAAGCAUUAAGAAAAAUGACUAUGACAGUGAUUUGAAAACAGAUGAUGGCAGUUGGAUGCAGGCUAAGUCCAUGCACUCUGCCUCCAGUGAUGAAGCUGAUGUUACACAGGCAUCCAUGCACCCAGAGAUCCCAAAGCGUGGUUUUUCCUCAGAUGGUGCUGUAGACUUAGGGCAUCCAACACAGGAAAUAUCAGUGGCCAGAAUGGCCAAGAACAGUUCUUUGCUUAAGAACAGUGAAACUGAUGGUGAAUUACAUGAGGAAAGCCCAGAUCUUGGUGCUAUGGGCCUUCAGCCUAACUCCACAUCUACAAAAGGUGAACAAAAAGCAAUCCAUGUGCUACAGGAUACAUCAGCAUGUGAAAUAAAAGAGCUGUGGAAUGGUGGGGGUCUCUCUGUGUAUGCUGGUUCUUACCAAAGUACAGCAGACACCAGUGAGCGUAUCAGUAAAGAACCAGAGGUUUCCCUUGUCCCAGAAUCCCUUAACUCUCUUGUUUCUAAAGAGCAUAUUGCCAGUAAGAGCACUAAUGAGGGACAUAGAGCCAAAGCAGAUUCUGAAAGCCUGGGCAGAAAUGUGGAAGCGAACGUGAGUUCUGACAUGCACUAUGAACCACUUUCUGGAGACUCUGAUGAAGACACUCUUGAGUGUAGAAAUCCCAAAGUGGGCAUGAAGGAUUCAUGCACUUUGAGAGGUAGUCAUGCCAACAUUGAUGGUUAUGACUCUUUGGUGGGUUUAAACAAUAGAGAUAGUGAAGCUUGGGGCGACUCUAAUGAAGUUCCAAGGCUGGAGACAAGCAUUCCUCCCAGAACCUGGGGCACAGGUUUAAAAAAACACAAGUGUGUGCCAUGUUACGUACAAAUCCGAGAUCUCUGUGGUAUCCCCAGGACUUACCCUAACUUCACUGUAAUAAAAGAGGUCAAAGAUACAACAAGAACGUCACAUGACCUGAAGAGGCAUCCACGUUUUACUGCAAACUGCAGUCUGCUCAGCUCCUGGACAAGCACUUGGCAGGUGGCAGACGACCUCACCCAGAAUACUUUAGACUUGGAGUAUCUGCGUUUUGCACAUAAAGUAAAACAAGUAGUAAGGAAGGGAGAGUCUCAGGAAUCUGUCUCUUGCACAGAUGUCUUUCUGAAGAAGUCACCUCCCCAAGGUACCCAUGUUGGAGGUUUCCCUUUGACAAAAAUAUCUGAUGCCCCAGUUCUGUCCCCUGGGUCCAAGAGCCCCAUUCUAAUAACAGUUGUGCACUCUGACUCCAGACGGCAAAAUCUGCACAGAACAGGUCACAUACCUAGCAGUCUGGACAGCUCUUCCUCCUCUUGGAAAGAAAGGUGUAGUCACAGUAGAGCUCUUGGAAAUUCUCAAAGAAAUCAGACUGUUUCAUUCCACCUCAACAAACUGAAGUAUAACAGUACUUUGAAAGAAGCUCGCAAUGAUAUUUCACUCAUUCUAAAUGAAUAUGCUGAAUUCAAUAAGGUGAUGAUGAAUAGCAACCAAGUUGUUUUCCAAGAUAAAGAGUUAAAUGUGGCUUCUGAAGAAGCCACUUCCCAGGAAAUGUAUCCAUCUUUCCCAAGACAUCUUUCCUAUGAAGACAUGAUUACAGACUUGUGUGCCAAUUUGCAUGUCAAACUGAAGAGUGUCAUAAAAGAGGCUUGUAAGAGUGCCUUCCAGUUCUACCUUGUUGAAACAGAAGAUAAAUCAUUCUUUUUAAGAACAAAGAACAUUCUCAGGAAAGAAGGCCAUACAGAAAUCGAACCUCAGCAUUUCUGCCAAGCUUUGCACAGAGAGAAUGAUAUGCUAAUAGUUAUCAUCAGAAAUGAAGAUAUAUCAUCACAUUUGCAUCAAAUUCCUUCUCUGCUGAAGCUGAAGUAUUUCCCCAGCACCAUCUUCGCUGGAGUAGACAGCCCUGAAGAUAUUCUUAAUGACACCUACCAAGAGCUGUUCCACACAGGAGGCUUUGUGGUAUCAGAUGACAAAUUGUUAGAGACAAUAACAUUAGUUCAACUUAAGGAAAUUGUCAAAAUCCUGGAAAAACUAAAUGGAAAUGGAAGAUGGAAGUGGUUGCUUCACUACAGAGAAAAUAAAAAACUAAAGGAAGAUGUAAGAGUGGAUUCAAUUGCACAUAAAAAGAACUUAAUAUUGAAAUCAUAUCAGAGUGCAAAUAUCAUUGAAUUGCUUCACUAUCACCAGUGUGAUUCUCGAUCACCAAGAAAAGCAGAAAUUUUGAAAUGUUUGAUAAACCUGCAAAUUCAGCAUAUCAGUUCCAGGUUUGCUGUCUUCCUAACAGAUAAACCUACUGUUUCCACAGAAGUCUUUGAAAACAGUGGAAUUCUUGUUACAGAUGUAAAUUACUUUAUUGAAAAUAUACAAAAAGUAGCAGCUCCAUUUAGGAGUAGCUAUUGGUGAUUCAACUGCAGCUUGCUUACACAUGGAGGACACCAAUGACAAAUUAGUACUUUCCUGUUUCUAGUACUUCCCUCUUUUUAAAAACUUUGAAUAUACAGUCCUCAUAUUUAAAAAAAAUCAAUGCAUCUACAACUUGAAAAGUUCUCCCUUUCAUUCUUUAUAUUUUGCUAGAAUGUCUGACUUCAGUGGCACAGUAGUUGCCAUUAACUUUGGGUUGCAGUGUUAAAUAUUGUUUUAAAUUAUUUUUACUUUAAACAUAAUGCCUUCCAAACAUAUCUGAGCUUAAUAUUAAAAACAAGAACUUUACAUGUUUACGUAGUUGUAAAAAACAAGUCUGUUUUAACAACUAGCUUAGCUUUUCCAAGUAAAUGUAAGGCAUAAAGAAAGAGAUGCGUGCUGUGGUGUUUCAAAGGUUUUGCCUCCCUUGUAAAAACUAUUACCUGUUUGCUGUUAUAUAAGGAACACUACACAAAGUUAAGACAUUUUUUCCUGAAAGGUACACAUUUAUACUGUUUUUCACUUACUCGGUUUUUGUAAAUACUGCACUACAAAAAAAUCAACCCUCUGAGGAAGAAACAGUCAUUUAUUUAUGAUAUUAAAACUGAUUUCUAUAGUAAUCUUUAAAACACAAAACCAAGCCAAAAAAAAUUUGUAAGAUAAAUACUAUCUAUUUGGAGCAAACGUUUUUAUAACUAAUUUGUUUCAUUGUUUUUAAAAUAAAGACAACUUUUUAAAAGCAUUCAGCUAUUUCUGCAGUGACUUCAUAGCAAAAAUUGUAUGGCAUGUCUUAGCAAUUUUUUGGUCAACAGCAAGAGUAACUAGCUUCUAGGGGAAUCCUUCCACACAGAUCCUUUUGGCCUGGCUUCUGUUAAUCUAGUUACCAUAGACCUGCUCCUUGUGUCUGGUGUUCUUCCCUCCCAAAGUCAAGUACACUGAGCAGCAAGUUGAAGAAAGGAAAUUUCAGCAUAAAUUAAGUGCUUUGCAUCAUUGCUACUUAACAGAAGUGCCAAUUUUACUCUUUAUUUUCUCAGGAGGAUUUUUGAUACUAACCUUUCACUCAGUAACUCAGAGCAUUCUAUAAACUAAUAACAAAAAUCUGGUAAGCGCACUAUAACUUACUGAUACACUUCUGAUGAAAAGGUAAGUAAUACAUUAAGCACCCACUACCUGCCAAACACUGCCCGACACACUGCUUGUUAGUUAUAUCU